AUGUGGUCGUUUCCACUACAUAUCUCAACUUUGGCACUUUGGCAAUAUCUUGACGUUCAUUCGCCCGGCUCUGCUGGGACAUGGUCGUCUCCAAAGGAGAAAAAAAAAAGAGAUGCAGCGGGACCACCCAACGACCCGGGACCGGGAAUUGAACAUUGUGGCAUUGUGCUUUUUUGGAAUUGGGUGUUCCCACCGGCACCGAAAUUAUCUGGAGGGUCCCUCCCUCACCUUGAACGGCUCCACCUCCCGAAUGGCCUGGCUAGCCCCCCCGUAACACAGAAGCCAGGAACAGCUCGGCGGGCGGCGUGGAUCCCCGAAAGGGACAAGAUGGGGAAAAGACCCCAGAAUCGGACGACAAAGUCGGUGCCGGUGAUGGCGGUGGUUCGAGGGUUCAUCAAAGCGACGGUGAAGGAGAAGAUCCCCGAAGAUUCCAUCAACCAUGUGCCAAUGACGGAGCUAGCAGAAAAGAAUGACUCGCUAAGGCGAUGUGAUGAGAUUAAGAGCUUCACCGAGCUUCAGCUCGAGCUCUGGGAACUCUGA